CGGACCAGAGAGAGAAAAAUAGAGAGAUGUAGAAAUGUUGAGAUGGAAAGAAGUGCAUGUGGAGGAAGAAAUGACAGAAGAGAGAAGAUGAUGGAAGGAGAUGUGAUGGGGAGGGGGGUGGUGAUCCUCCAGAGCCAAUGAAGGAGAAGAAAGGAGGAUUUCAGGGAGGGUGAUGUGGACUGUCUAGAACACUCAGAUGGGAGGAGAGAAGAACGUCUUAGAGAUGCACUGCUAUACUGUCUAGGAUACUUCAUUUGGAGGGAUGUCAAAGAGGAACUACUCAAAGAACUAAAUCUGAAAAAGAAGGCCCAAGAUAAUUGUUUUUCAAGGAAGCUUCGACUGAAAGCAACAGGUGGAAUUUUUUUCCUUGCCUUAAAAAACACCUGCAUCCUUUGUCUUUCUCUGAAUUUUGAGACUUGUGAGAAUUGGACAAGACAGGAAGGGUUCUGGGGUUCUUGGCCCGGUCGGAAACAUGCCCUCUCCCUCUUCCAGGACAAAUUAUUCAUAUGAAUGAGGUUUCCUGUGUCUCAGGGCAGGACGAGGCGGGCUGUGGUGGCUCAGCUCCCAUUUGUGGCACAGUGUGCUGCGAGACAGGAGCUGAGGGAGCAGAAAAACAGGCAAACAACGGAGAGGGAAGGAGAGGACACGGGGGACAGAGAGAUUGCAUGAGAGUUGGGUAAACAAAGGCUGCAAAAACAGAGGAGGAUAAUCUGAGGAGAAGGUUUUGGGGAGAAUGAAGGCUCUACAGAAGAACCAGGGGCGCACUGACCAGAUGUUGGGAGCCAUGGCUGACAUGCUGACUUCUGUGGCCAUGCCUAAUCAACAAUGGCUCUCAGACGGAGGCGAGGGGGACCUCCCAUCGAGCGAGGAGGAGAAGGGGCCCAUGCGUUGCCUCUGGGAGCCAGAGGGGCCAGAGUGGGAGCACCAAGCGAGUGCGACGGUGGAGAACCCAGAGCGGAGAGAGAGGACAGAUUCAUACUCGGCAGCUGGCAGUGAGGGCAGUAUUUCCACCUCAGUGGCGUCCUUGCCGCCCCAGGCCUCAGGCAGCUCGGCCCCAAGUUCCCCGGGCUCCAGGCGUUCAGUGAGCACCCUGAAGAAGUGGCUCACAAACCCCGUCCGCAAACUAAGCGCCGGAGCCACAGCCAAAGGGGAGCGUCAGGUCCGCAAACUCGAUGGAAAGCCUCCGCCUCUUCAAUCCCACAGCAACAGCCUAGACCUGGGCAGCCCCCCGAGGCCUGACGACACCUUCACCAUCCUGCCUGUCACCCACAGGGAACUGGAGUGGAAAGAUGGCCUGGCGAGCCCCGAGGACCUGUCACCUGCUACACUUCAGGCUCCUAACUACAUAACAGACUCUCUGAUUGGCUGCACGUCACUGCCAAACACCCAGAUACAUCAGAGCUGUGCUGACAUUGCCAGUGGGCGUGGGGACACUCAGUUCAGCAGCGGUCUGCCAGAUGACAGCAGCUCGGUCCUAAUAGAUGACACUUCCAGCCAAUGGUCUGCCGCCGCCGACACUGAGGAGGAGAGGAGGAGUGCCUUAGAGAAAAGCAUGUACGUUCUGAAGGAGCUUAUAGAGACGGAGAAGCACUAUGUGGUAGACCUUGGGCUCAUAGUGGAGGGCUACAUGGCUACGAUGAACUCCAAAGGAAUACCUGAGGAUAUGAAGGGAAAAGACAAGAUUGUUUUUGGGAACAUUCACCAAAUAUUUGACUGGCAUAAAGACUACUUCCUGGGAGAGCUGGAGAAGUGUUUGGCAGAGCCCGAGAGGCUGGCUCAGCUCUUCAUUAAACAUGAGAGGCGUUUGCAUAUGUAUGUGGUGUACUGUCAGAACAAGCCCAAGUCAGAGCACAUCGUCUCAGAGUACAUUGAGACUUACUUUGAGGAGUUGCGGCAGCAGCUGGGCCACAGGCUGCAGCUCAACGACCUGCUCAUCAAACCCGUCCAGCGGAUCAUGAAGUACCAGCUGCUGCUCAAGGACUUCCUCAAGUAUUACACCAAAGCUGGGAUGGACACAGAGGAGCUGGAGAAAGCAGUUGAAGUGAUGUGCUUUGUGCCAAAGCGUUGUAAUGACAUGAUGAAUGUGGGCAGGCUACAGGGCUUCGAGGGAAAGAUCACGGCGCAGGGGAAACUGCUCCAACAAGACACGUUCACAGUCACUGAGCAGGACAGCAGCUUCUUAUCAAGAGCCAAGGAGAGGCGGGUCUUCCUGUUUGAGCAGCUGGUCAUCUUCAGCGAGCCAAUUGACCGAAAGAAAGGUUUCUCAAUCCCAGGAUACAUCUUUAAGAACAGCAUCAAGGUGAGCUGCCUGGGGGUGGAGCCCAGCGUUGAAGGCGAUGAUGCCCGCUUCGUGCUGACAUCCCGCAACCCAGACGGAAGUGUGGUGCGCUUCCAGUUGCUGGCUUCCUCUCCUGAGAUAUGCCGAGCCUGGGUCAAUGAUGUCGUUCAGAUCUUGGAAUCACAGCGCAACUUCCUCAAUGCAUUACAGUCUCCUAUUGAGUACCAGCGGAGGGAGAGCAAAUCCAACAGCCUAGGCCGCAGCAUGAGGCCCCCUCUCUCUGCCGCCAGUGCCCUCCGGCCCCACUCCUCCGCCUCUAUUGACCGCCACAAGCUGCCCUCCCUUCACUCUCACAACAUCUCCUUACCCACACUCUACCUGCCCAGCCAAGGCCAGAGCCAAGGACCUAGUGAGACAUACUCACUGCAGGAUCCUACUGUGGUCCAGCCAUGCCCUGCUGACUCUCACACUGUUUCUCCGUCGCACGUCCAACUGGGCUUCAGCGAUCGGCCAAACUGUCAAGCUGUGUCAAAUGGGCUUUACACUCCCACAACACAAAGUGCACAGCAGAGGGCAGCAGAGGGCUGCAGAAGAGGCCAAUCUGCUGAUUCUGGCAGCCAGCCCCCACUGUCAGGCCCCUCAGCCGGACGUCGCCCCAGCAACCUGGCUCAACUGGCCGAAGACGACCUUUGAGCUCUGACACACUGAGUUUCUCCUGGGUCAGGAGGACAGCAGCUAACCCACACACAAUGGAGGCAGAAAGACUGGCCUCCUGUUUGUUUAUACCUGGCUGGACCUUCACCUGGUUCAGUCAUGGAGAAAACUGAAGAAUCAUUGGAAGGAAUUUUGGGCUGCAUCUUUAAGAUGACUCCUGUUUAUAGAGAGCAGCUCAGUGAAAGGUGACUGACCUUGGCCACCUUUAUUGUGCAUGAACAGCACCCAGUGGGACGUUAACUGAGCUCAGAGUUUAAAAACACUCAGUGUUAUGAUCAUUUCUGCUUUUAUCUUUGUGAGAGUUUGUAUACCACACUCUUCUGGGGAUCUGUUCGAUGAAGAAAUAUCCAUUCCUAUUCGGGGCGGUCACUGGAGUUGCGUGUGAAUGCAUGUUUGUGUGGAUGAGUGCAUGAGAGUGUAGGAAGAGUGGCUCCUGUUGUAAUCACUUUCUUUUCUGACGCCCCUUUGUGAAGACAAGACAUACAGCUACAUUUACACAUUUUGUCAUUCCCCUGCUGACGACUGAGUUUACUUUGGAUGUGGACGAGAAUGGGAAAAAACCCAAACACUUGAUGUGAACAUGCCACAAGGACUUGACUCACUCUGACCGAGAGUGGAGAACUUUCUUUGAGAGCUCCUGUGUGCUCUCUUAUUCUGUUUGACAGGCCCUUCUUUGAUCUGGACAAAAAAGGCCUGAUGGAGCCCCCUGGAGGUUCUCUGUGGGUAUGACGUCAUAUCAGAAUACAUUUUAUUUCUCUUUGGGUGACUCCAUCGGGGCUGCUGGUGCAGGAGGUGCAUUCAGAGGGACUGCUGUGCUGACCCAAACUGUUGCAUGCAACAUCUCCUCAUCAUCACGCUACUUUACACUGAUCGCUCUCACCAGGCUGAAGCGGGAUGUAUCGGUUUGAACUAAUAUAAAAUGUUUUUUUAAGUCCACUGUUGUCAUGUCAAGACUGUGCACCAUUCUUUUAUCUCUGUUAGUUUUAAGUUUUGUACAGUGCAUUACAUGAAGGCAGUUGUGUACAUUUCCCUCUUGUAACAUGAAGGUUAAUCCUGGUAUGCCAAGAAAUGUAACCAUUGAUUUAAAUGAAGGAUAAUAUGAUGUGAUACACUUUUUAAAGCUCGCUAUUCUGCAGACAACGGUGCCAAAAACAUCAACAUGAAACUCAUAUGAUUCAUGCUUCAGUUUGCCACUAAUCUUAUGGAACAAUCACAGAUUUCAGAGUUACAACCGUUAAUUCAAGUGACAAAAAGAGAAGUAGCUGAUGUUCUUCUUUGCGGCCAGUAGAGGUCCCCACAAAGCUUCCACUUCCACUUGAGUUCAAUUGUACAGCUUCACCAAAGAUCAAUGGACUUCAUAUUUCACUCAGCGCUUGCAGUGCUCAAUAAUCAAUCUGACAAAUACAAACCUAGCCGAUAAGAAAGAUGUUAGAUAUGUUGAACUAUCUCUUAGACUUGAUCUGCAGUUAAUGUGAAGUUCUGAAGGGGGGGGCUUACAUUUAUUCAGUCAAAGUCAAACCACUACAGGGAACCAAAGGAAGGAAAAUCAAACCAAGAUAAGGUUGAUAAAUGCCAUGUUUGUCUGAGUAGAAACUGUUGUAUCAUAUCAAAUA